AUGUUCCGCCCACGAUCUCCCAAGCCGAUUGCCAAGAGGAAGCGCUCUGGCGCAGACUCUGAGCCCUUGCAGCACAUCGCAGCUCUGCCACCCCGUCUUUCUCCUCCUUCUGGACACAGAAACGCCCAGGCCUUGUCCCAGCGGCAAUGGCAGCCAUUUCUUCCUGAUACAUCCCAUGAUGAAGCUCAUCAGGGACUGCCAGGCCGCCCUGGCAGAUUCGACACCCAGAUCCAGCGCAGCGAUGGGCAUGAGAACAGUACAGCCUAUCGCAAACCUGCUAAGCACUCGAUCGAACUUAGCCACAAAGAGCAACAGCUCGAGUACGACCACAACGAAUCAGAUGACGAGGAUUACGUCCCCAGACUUAAAGUCCAUUGUGAAUGUCUAUUCAAUGACAAUGGUGACGGAACGCUUUCGAUUGUGGGCACCAGGGAGGAAAAUGGACAAGGUCGUGUUGUCAUCUCUCAAAACUCUUUAUCUUCUGACGCCGAAGCACCUGCUGAGCCGCAGAUGGGAACGCGGGCUUCAAAACGGCGCCGAACUAUUUCCGAGGACUUGCCAAGCUCUUCGAUUCAAAGCUCGCCGAGGCAUGCUACGAGUGAAAGCUCAGGGGAUGAUCAGCAGGCAGAGAGCAUGGUGUCAGAAACGGCAUGGGAUGCUAUAAACGGCGCCUAUGACUGUGUUUCUACUGUGUUCACGAGCUGCCCCAACAACAAAGUCAUUACCUUCCUCGCUGGUCUGAGUGCUAGGAGACAGGCUCUUGCGAUCAACACCAAUGAAGGAUCCUCCAAAACCAGACAAUUUAGGCUUCCUAAGGAUGAAGGAGCGCAAAUCAUCAGUCUCAAGGCCGCUUUAGCUCAGGCUCACGGGAGCGAGCGAACUCCAUGUCCACAAUGUGCUGAUGGAAAGGGUCUUUGGAGGAUCUGCGUGCAGGCGCCGACGAUGCCUGAUGAAUCUCAAGACGUACUCAGAGGUGCCUGUCCUUCCUGUUACUACGCGAGAUGCGGUCGCAAAUGCCGCGAAAGCUCUGGAACUGCCCCCGAACAGGACUUGGCACCUCCUCAAUUGAUGCCCGCGAUGGCCGAAUACGAGACUCUGAGAUCAUUCUCUCGCCAGCACGCUGAGUCUGUUGACGAUACUCGUCACGUACUAAGUUCAUUUGAGCCUUCCACCAGAAUGCCUGUGGCUGCAAGGCCCUCGAAACAACCUCAACUGGUAUCAAUGUCUCAGCAGAGGCGAGAUCGCGAUACACAAGCCCCGUCUGCUAAGGACGUGCCCGCAGAGCGUGUCCAGGGCGAGGCGUUCUCGCGGGAUCAAUCAGGCAGCAAUGCCGCUCAAGGACCUUCGCCCAUUCAUCGUGCUCAAGAUGGUGCUAUUUCGCAGCAGCAGUCAACCAUGGACCAUGCACAGGGAGCACUGGCGGGUGGACAGACUGUACAGGAUACAAUCAUUCAGUGCCAUCGCAUGGCUGCAAACUUGUACGACCGUACCAGAGGACUGUCUCCAAAUGAACGGGCAGCCAUUCCCGACCAAGUCAACUAUCUGCUUUCAUUGACAGGCCUGGAGCCUGAAAUCUGGGGGAUAGCCAACCGAAUCUCUGAGCUACCUGUCGUGAAGCGGGCUGAGGUUAGCCGGGUGAUUAUCGAAAUGAUGCGCCAGACCUUUGGCUCCAUCUAG